CAUCUCGUGGUUUUUUUUGCUUCUCUCAAUAUUCACUCUCUGUCUCUUUACCCUCCAUCUCUCUCUCCAAAAAGAUUUUAUUAUUGUGAAAGCAACAUUGUGGAGAUCAAUUAGCUUCUUCUUUUUUUCACUUCCAAGCUCUCAUGGCUGCCAUUAUUGAAUCUGGGUGGCUGUAUCUGAUCACACAUUUCAGCGACUUCCAACUAGCAAGUCUAGGAAGUUUCUUUCUUCACGAAAGUGUUUUCUUCUUAUCCGGACUUCCAUUUAUAUAUCUGGAAAGAGCUGGAUUGCUGAGCAAAUACAAGAUUCAGACGAAAAACAACAGCCUUGCUGCUCAGGAAAAAUGUAUCACCCGCCUGCUUCUGUAUCACAUUGGUGUUAACCUACCGCUUAUGAUUGCAUCUUAUCCUUUCUUCAGAUUCAUGGGCAUGAAAAGUAGUCUGCCAUUUCCAUCCUGGAAAGUGGUUCUAUCACAGAUAAUAUUCUAUUUCAUCCUGGAGGAUUUUGUGUUUUACUGGGGACAUCGUAUUUUACAUACAAAAUGGCUGUACAAGCAUGUGCACAGUGUUCAUCAUGAGUAUGCGACUCCAUUUGGACUGACAUCCGAGUAUGCUCACCCUGCUGAGAUAUUGUUCCUUGGCUUUGCAACAAUAAUUGGUCCCGCCAUCACUGGCCCACAUCUUAUUACUCUCUGGUUAUGGAUGACUCUUAGAGUCCUAGAGACAGUUGAGGCACAUUGUGGUUACCAUUUUCCAUGGAGCCUCUCAAACUUUCUACCUUUAUAUGGGGGUGCUGAUUUUCAUGACUAUCAUCAUCGUUUGCUUUAUACAAAAUCUGGCAACUACUCAUCUACAUUUGUUUACAUGGACUGGAUAUUCGGUACUGACAAGGGUUAUAGAAAAUUGAAAGCACUAAAGCGUGAUGGAGUCGAAGAAGAAAGCAAGCAAACAUAACCGAGAAGAUGAGUUUUCGAAGGCUUUGACCGGCAGAAACACCGGUUACCGAUAAAAUGUCAUGUUGAGGAAGGGUUUUUCUCAUUGUGAGCUUCUUCUGCAUCUUGUGUGCAAAUCCACCUCUGUUUUUUUGGUUGUUUAAAUUGCUGUUUUAUGUUUUGUAGCAUCAUAGGAUUAAGAUUUGUUUGAACAUUUAGCGACCUGGUCAUCUCCGUGUUCCUCGCAUGAAUGAAGUUGCUGUCUUAUUUUUAUUUUUAACUCUCUGUUUUUUUUAAAGAAUAUCUUUAGUUCUCUUGUUA